UGCUCCGCUGGCCCUGGGACCUGGCUGGAGGCAGCGGCUAUAGUCCCCGGCUCUGCCUGCCCCUGCCUAACCCUGCCCGUUCCCUCCCCAGCUCCGGCGCUCGGGAGCGGCGGCGGCCCCGGAGGAUGGCCUCCUGCCCGUGCCUUUGAAGUUUCGCGCAAGGACGACCGCUGCAGGGACACAUGGCUACGGCUAGCAAGGGCAGCAAGGCGAAGGGGGGGGGCGUGCGCUUCGCCCCCAGCCAGCCCGCCGAGGGGGCCCACGGCCACGUGCACUUCGACGAGAAGCUUCACGACUCGGCGGUGAUGGUGACGCAGGAGAAAGACGGCAGCUUCCUCGUCAAGGUGGGAUUCCUGAAGAUCCUCCACAAGUACGAGAUCGCAUUCCUCCUGCCGCCGGUGCAGAGGCUGGGGAAGGACGUCUGCGCCGUUCCCCUCCCCAACCCCAACCUCCGAGUCAUCGGCAUCACCCCCCUGCCAGAAGGCUACAGCGUGAAGUGCGAGUACACGGCGCACAAGGAGGGGGUCCUGAAGGAGGAGAUGGUCCUGGCCAGCGAGGCUGGCGAAGGCGCCUGCGUCAAGGUCGUGGUCCAAGCCCGUGUCAUGGACCGGCACCACGGCACGCCGAUGCUCCUGGACGGGGUGCGCUGCAUCGGCGCCGAGCUGGAGUACGACUCGGAGCAGAGCGACUGGCACGGCUUCGACUAGCCCCCCCUGACCCCGCUGCUGCCUGCGCGGCUCCCCAGGACGAAGCUCAAACUUAAAAAAGAAGAAACCAACCCAAACCCACCCUCCGCCGGGGGCUGCGGCUCUGCCGCCACCGUGGAGCCGGGGGUGAGCUGCUGCCUGCCCCUCCCCAGCCACUCUCGCCACCGCUGCCAUGUACGGGGUGCACCCACCCUCCCCGCUGUGGGGUUGGGGGGGUCCCCAAAGCGCAGGAGGGGUUUCCCACAUGCUGGAGCGUCUCUGCCUGGAGCCUUGGGCCGGCAUCCCGCUCGCUGCCUCCAGCUGCUGCUGCUUCCCCCCGGCUUUUCUCCCCACCCUCCCCGGGAGAGGCGGCGUUUGGGGAUGGCAGAGCCCCAGCUGAGCCCCCCUCUCCCCAUGUGAAAUUUUGCCCUCUGGGAUUUGGAGCUGAGCUGGGCCGUGGGCCAGGGCAGGAUCCGGCAGCGGGAGGGAGGCUGGGAAGCCGGUAGCCGGUGGCUCCGGGGCUGGUGCCGGUGCCCCCGUGGCAGUGCCCGUCCCCGUGGCCGUGCCCACCCACCUCCUCCUGUCGCAGCCGUUGCCUUAGUCUCCUUCCCUUCUUCCUUCUUUCCCCCCCCCCCGUAAUACCCACGGUACAAGGACCAGGAGAAGCGGCUCAGUUUCAAAAGCAA